GGUAUGUACAUAUGGAUUUUUUGACUCGCUCUUAUUCUGGGAUUCGGCUUCAGUCGUUGUUUUUGUUUGUUUGAUGAUGAUACAGAUGUAUGCGAGAGUCAUCACACUGGCUUUCAUAAAAGAAGUUCUGAAUCUUAGAAAGUCUGGAAAAGUGAAAAGAGAAGAUAGAUGAAUAACAAAAAUGAUAUUUUAGUUGAAUUUAUUUAUCUUUACUGAUUCCUGAGGGGAUCCGAACUGAACUUUUAGACAAAAAUAUAUGUACUUGAAACAUUGUGUGACAUACAAUGGUGCUUAAAAUUAUUUGUACAUAUGAAGAAAAUGAUAGAAUUACGAUUGAAUAAAUGGAAUUCAAGAACUUAUAUUGUAUCUUUUUUUGAUCGUGAUAACACUUAAAAAAUGUGUGUUUCAUGAAGUUUUACGCAUGUUGCCGUUAGAAAAACUGUUUUUAUGUUGAAAAUAUUUACAAUGGUAAUACGUCAAUUGAAGAUAAUUUACUGUGCGCAUUUGAUAAAUACGAAACAUGACUUACCCAAACCAUAGAGAAUGCUGAAGAUCUUCUACACAUCUGCGUUCUCAUAAUUGAUUCUAUACAGAAAAAUAAGACAAGAAAUCAAUAUAGAUGAAAUUAGAAUAUAAUUCAUUUAUUCUUCAUAUGUGAUUUAUUUUACCGCUCCGUUACUUCCACUCUUUCAAUUCGGCUGUUAAACAACUGGUCUCAUCCUGACCUCAUUCACAGCGACAUUUAUAUUCAACAUACACUCAACGCAAAUUAGGGAACGUGCAUUUGUGAAUAUUAAAAGAAAAUAUCCUACUUUGAAAAAAAACGAUAUCCCAUGUAAAAAGAAAGACCCAAAAACUCAGAUUAGAGUCAAUUAUUAGUUUAAAAUCAAUCCAAAAAAAAUCACAUUUGCUGGAUUUUUAUGGAUUAUUGUUCUCAUAUACAAUGUAUCGUCAAAAUGAACUGUACCUCAAAAUUAGCCUAUUAACAAUGGUAGAGAAAAAAAACUUAGUCCUUCGAAUUAUCAAAGAUUCGAUCAUAGAAAGUGACACUUUUAUUUAAUGACAUCUAGGUUAUGAAGGAAGUUCGAAAAUUUCGGCUGAGAAAAGAACAACAACGUUCUGUUUAUACAAGUUUUAAACUAUUCAAUAUCCUAUCAUCAUUCAAUUUAUAGAGCUUUCCAAGAAUUGUAUUAAACCACAUUUGAUCCUUCUAUAGCCAGUCAUAGACACGCGUAAAAUAUAAAAUGGACGCAUCCGUAAAGAACAUCCGAGAAAAAAUGGCAUUUUUCGACCUCCUCCCCUCUUCUGAACGUUCGGUGUGCAUUUAUUCAAAAAUACUUUUUUUUUUAUCAGACAACUGAUAUAUUCUCUAUAUACGCAGAUUAUUUGUACAUCGACGUAACCAAGUGCUAUGGAAUAGUAAGUUUACCGCAGGUUUAAUAAUCUAUUGUUCGUGUACUUUCGAUUAGAGAGAUAGUUUUCUUUACUUGUCUGAGUUCGAAUUCUUUUCAUGCAAGAUGAACGAUGACCGGUUAUGUCGUAAUCAUUUAAUUUUCUUUUAUUUAGAUCUUAUUUUGAACAUUUACCAAAUGAAAUUAUUUAUGAUAUAUUUCAAUAUCUUGAUGUUUAUCAUGUUUACGAAGCAUUUUUUUAUCUUAAUCAACGAUUUCAAAAUUUAGUUAUUAAUAGAAAUUUUUUAAUUCAAAUAAAUAUUCCAACAAUGUCAAAAUCAAAUUUUGAUCUUUAUCAUAAAAAUAUGAUUAAACGAAAUAAAUAUCGAAUAAAUUAUAUUCGUCUAUCAAAUUCAUUUACUGUUGAUAUGAUUUUUUCACCACCACGUAUUAUUUGUUAUUAUAUUCAACUUGAAACAUUAAUUUUUGAUAAUAUUAUUGAUAUAAAAUAUCUUGAGAAUAUUUUCAAACAUUUAAGUUUUUUACCAAAAUUACAUUCAUUAGUUUUGAGUCUUAUUGAUCAUGUUCAAAAUCCAGCUCUUCUUUUUCAUCAUAUAUUUCGUUUAUCAAAAUUAAAAUAUUGUAAAAUAACCUAUAUAACAAGAUAUGAUCAAAAACUAAUGCCAAUCGAUAUGAAUCAUAUUGUACAUAGUCCUAUCGAAUGUCUUAUUAUUAAUAAUCGUUUUUCAAUUGAUUUACUUUAUCAAAUACUUCCUAGUCUUCCAAAACUUCUUUAUUUAUCAAUUGAUUGUCUUAAUGGAUCGAAUUAUUCAUAUAUUAAUCAAACUCCUAUUACAUUAAAAUAUUUAAAAACACUUUCUAUUAAUGUUGAUCAUGUAAAUUUCAAUCUAUUCCAACAAUUAUUCAAAUAUUGUUUUAGUUCUUUGGAAGUUUUACAUCUUACAACACAUGAUCCAACAUAUUUGGCUUCAAAACAAUGGGAAGAAUUAAUCUCAUCUUCAAUGUUGAAUUUACGUAUUUUUGAUAUAUAUUAUCGUAAUAUUGUACAACGUAAUGAUUUCAUAUAUAUUCCUUUAAUUUAUCAAUUUGAUUCUUCAUUUUGGACUCAACGACAAUGGUUUUUUGCACGUGCACAUUAUGAAAUAAACUUCUCAAAUUAUGUAAUACUUUAUUCAAGAAAUCCAUAUAGAAGAAAAGAUUACAUAUUUGCUGAUGAAUACUAUCCAUUAUAUUAUUUACGUACUCAACAAAAUAAUCUCAAUUCAGUUAAACAUGUUCAUAUAUGUGGUCGAUAUCUGUCGAAUGAUAAUGUAAAUUAUUUUCCAAAUGCUAAUGAAUUAACAAUUGAAGAAAAUUUCAAUACACUUGAUGAUUCAAUUUCAACAACUCUUAAUCGUAUUCUUCCUUUAAAACAAUUGACUAAAUUAAUUAUUAAUAGUUCUAAUUUUACUUUUGAACAAAUUAAUAAUUUAAUACGUUUUACACCUAAUUUAUAUGUAUUAAAAUUAGAUUUCUUAUCUUUUAAUGGAAUUAAUUUAGAAUUAAUUGAACAAAAUGAAAUUUUUCAAUUUGUAUCAAAUACAAAUAAAAUAAAAACUAUAGAAAUUCGUGAAUCUUUUACAUUAGAAAAUUUUCAAAUGAUUAUUAAUGUAUUUCUACAAGUUGAAUAUCUUAAAAUUGUAAUGAAUAGAAAACAAAUUAAUCAAAUUAUACGAUUUUUAUCUUCAAAAAUUAACAAUAAAACAUGUCGUUUAUGCUUCUUGUGUAUUUCACAAGUACCUAAAGUAUGUUUACGAGAAUUAAAUGUUUUAAUUAAAUCAGAAAACUUAUUCAAAACUUACUCUAUUGAAUAUAUUAAUCGUGAUUUAUAUUUAUGGUGGUAG